AUACAUAAUUAUAUAAAGGCCAAUGUCAAAACUGUAAUGUAAGGUUAAGGUCAAUAUUUUCAAAUUUUAAAAAAAUCGUAAAUCGUCAUCACUUUUAAAUUGCACAAUAUACGCAAAUUUAAAUUAAUGCCUAUUCUAACAUGCUCUUAUAAUAAACUUAAUCAUAUUACAAUCUUAACAAUAACGAAUUAAAGACGUUUUAGUUCGAUAUGUUCAAAUGAAAGCAACCAAUAUGCUGCAAGGUAAAUUGAGACCUAUUUUAAAAUAUUCUUUGAUCACCAGCAUCAUUGGUGGUACGGCCUUAAGUUUAAAAACGAAUCAGUACCACUUAGACUCAAUAGGCAUUGUUAGAUUAAGUAGGGCAGCUUAUACGGUCCUCCAAAUAGGAGUAAUCUACAAAAGAGACCUAUAUGGAAGAAAACUAGACCCCUCAUCCCAAGAAUACAAAGAAACCAAGUCCAGUUGUCACAAGCGAAGCGCAGAAAAGUUAUUAGACUUAUGUUGUACGAAUAAAGGUGUAUAUAUCAAAGUAGGCCAGCAUCUCGCAGCUUUGGAGUACUUGCUCCCUAACGAAUAUGUCCAGACUAUGAGAGUUCUCCAUUCUCAUGCUCCAACGAAUUCAAUAGAAGAUGUAUAUAAAGUAAUCAAAGAAGAUUUAAAAUGUGAACCUUCUGACAUAUUUGAAUCAAUGGACCCCGAACCUCUAGGCACAGCUUCUUUGGCUCAAGUCCAUAAAGCCAAACUUAAAGAUGGGUCUGUGGUGGCCAUCAAAGUACAGCACCCGUACGUACAAGGCAACUCAAAGGUUGAUAUGAAAACUAUGGAAUACUUGGUGAAAUUGAUGAGCAUAGUCUUCCCGGAAUUCAAGAUUAAAUGGUUGGUGGAUGAAUCGAAGAAAAAUAUUCCCAAAGAGUUGGAUUUCGCACAGGAAGGAAAAAAUGCUGAAAAGGUAGCAAAGUUGUUUGAAGAUCUUGAUUGGUUGAAAAUACCAGCAAUUAGAUGGGAUUUAACAACCAAACGAGUCUUAACAAUGGAUUUCGUUGAAGGAGGACAAGUAAAUGAUUUGCAAUAUAUAAAAGACAAUGGUAUUAAUCCCAGCGAGGUAUCGGAUAAGCUAGGAAGGUUGUAUUCAAAAAUGAUUUUCAUACAUGGCUUUGUUCACAGCGACCCUCAUCCAGGAAAUAUUCUCGUUAAAAAGUCAGAAAAGGGUCAUUGCGAUAUUGUUUUAUUAGAUCAUGGUCUCUAUGCUGAUUUAAAAGAUGAUUUAAAGGUUGCGUAUGCUAACUUGUGGCUGAGUAUUUUGAAUAGAGAUCGAAAAGGAAUGAGAAGUCAUGCGAGUAGUUUAGGAAUUGAAGGUAAUGCCUAUGGUUUAUUUGCUUGUAUGAUCACUGGGAGAAGUUGGGACAGUAUCGUUAGAGGAAUAGACAAGGAACAAAUGUCAAAAAAAGAAGCAAACUUUCUCAAACAAAAUUUCACGGGAAUUUUACCGCAGAUAUCAGAAGUCCUUCAGAACGUCAACCCUCAGUUGCUGCUUAUCUUGAAGACGAACGAUCUUCUGCGAGGCAUCGAACACGCGUUAAAAACAGGUGAGAGGAUGGGAUCGUUCCGAGUAAUGUCAGAAUGCUGUGUCAAAUCGGUGUACAACAUGAGGUACACCAAAACGGAGAAGACGCUGGACAGAUUGAAGAUUUCUUUGGCUGAAUUGUGGGCGUUGUUGAAGAUUAGUGUUUAUUAUACGUUUUUAAAUUUGAAAAAUAGGUCGCUUGGUUUAUUUUCGUAGUAGGAGAUUAAUUUUUUUGUUUGAGAAUUUCUGUCUCAUGUUUAGGUGCUUCCUUUUUGGGUUUUAAGAAUUAUGUGAGUUUUCUUCUUAUUUAAAAUGAUAUUUGACCUUGAAGACAUUAUAAAAAGUCUUCUUCGGUUUGUCUAUUGUUGUUCUUUCAGCUCAUAACUUAUUUCUUUCGAUUUUCGCCACCUGCCAUUCUGCUUAUGUAUUUAUUGAUAACAGAAGGAUGAUUCCAUCUAUAAUCAAUUUAUUUCUGUAGUUGCUUGCAACACCCUUUGUGUUUUGUUAAUUUUUCCACUUGUGUCAAUAAUGUAUGUCACUAUCUUUUUCCCGGUAGCUAUGUGUUACGUAUUAGUUGCACUGCAGCCAGUGUAUGUUCCCACGUGACUCGUUACAGUUCUUGUCUUCAUUUUGGUCUAAACUUUGCUAGAUACCAUAUACCGGGUAGUGAAUAGUCAAACGGGCCAUAGGAAACUCACUGGGAAAGACUAUACUGACCUAUACUGUUGAAUCUCUGCUUCCCUAAUAAUUUUACAUCAAAAAUCACACAAAACGAUUUGUAAUGGACUAAAAUCUGUAUUGAAAACAAAUGUUAAAAUUGUUCUACGACUUAAAACACAUUCCAAAAUUUUGCAAAAAUAUAAUAAAUUUGCCAGAGUAUUGUAAAAGUUAGGCCACACUUAGUUCAGAAUGUGUAUAACCGGUUGCGUUCACGCACAAUGAAGUUAGCUAUUAAGGGCAUAGGGCAUUCCAACAUGCUGUCAAAAUUAAAUCAAUAUGACAGCCGGGAGGCAAACAUAAAUGUUAUUCUAUCAGUUCUUAAUGUUUUUUAGAUAAUUUUAGUUGCGUUUCUUUGUAAUUUUGUUUUGUACAAGGAUUAAUUUAACAUUUUCACUAGAAGAAUUAAUUUAAAAAGAUAAUAUGCCUCAUUUCUGCUGUAUUUUGAAGUGUGUGAUGCGAAGUACCUAUUCAUGAUAAACUUCAGUUUUAUCGGUUAGCCUCAGUGCUACAUUUUAAGCAUAAAACAACUAAAUAAGUUAUCAUAUGAGAGGCAAAAAUAUAAACCAACUAAAUAAGUUAUUAUCUGAGAGACAGAAACAAUGGUUAAAUGCUAUAAAACGUCUUAUAAAAAUGCUAAAUAACUAACUAUACCUAAAGUGGAUAUUUUAUUACUAUACCAAUAUUAUUUAUUUUGCCAAUAUUUUGCUUGUACCUACUAGCAACAUUUGUAUUGUCUACCAACAACUUUAUAUGCACUCAUUUUUAUUUAUUCACUGCUUAAAACUAAAUAAAGUGGUUCAAGUACUUCUACAACUAAAAUAUACAACAAAAUGUUCGGAAACUACAACUAAAAAACUGUCAACGGUAAAACACUUAAGAAACAUGUGGUACAAAUAAUAUAAACAAACACAAUGUUUGACAGUUUGCCUCCCAGCGUUUUUAUAAACGUCAAAGUCUUAGAAUGCCCUACUAGAAUCAUUAUGUUAGUAAUAUCAGGUUUGUUCCAAUGCAACGAGAAACCGUCCAUGUAACGGUCACCGUCCUGCGCAGUAAACAAGAUAACCCAUGGAACGCACGAUAUACAGACACAGAACGCAUGGAACGUAUUAUUUUAUAGUAACGUGAUCGUUACAUGACGGUUCUCGUUGUGUUAAAACAAACCUAUCAAUAUCUAACUUCAUUGUGACCGAAUGCAACCAGUUAUACCCAUUCUGCGCUACGUUUGGCCUAAAUUUUAUAACAAUACUCUGGCAAAUGUAUUAUAUUUUUGCAAAAUGUUGGAAUGUGUUUAAUUCGUAGAACAAUUUUAACAUUUGUUUUCAAUACAGUGUCUUCUGCACAUCAACCUAAAUCAUGUUAUUUGGGUAUCUCCAUUUUCUACGUCCCGAGAGUUUGCAGUGAGGGAAUGUAUUUUUUGUCUGAAUUGUAUUGUUUUGGUUCCAUAUGUUUUUAUACUUGUUCUAGCGUGCCUUUUAUUAUUAUUUUCAUUUUCUUCUAUUUGAUUAUUGUAUUUUAUCGAAAAAAAUCCUUUUUAGUUUUACUUAAUAUAAGUUAAAAAUGUAGCUAAAUUUACAACCGAUAAUUUUUAUCAUUGUUAAACAAUUAUAUUUAUUUAAAGGUGUUAGUUGUUAUGGACAUUUUAGAGAUAUUUAUUUAUUUAUAUAUUUAUUUAUAAUUUUAUGAUGAUUUUACAACGACAAAAUACUUAGUAGGCCAGUACGUAAAAUAAAACACAAUAAUGUCUAAACACGAAAUAGAUGCCGUUUCAGGUCUUAGCUUCAUUGUUGCCAUAUUUCUAACUUGGUGGCAACAUAGGUUGGAAAAGUUAUUUAACUAACAAGUGUAUUAAUAAGGGCGAUUAACAAUUGAGAUAUUUUAAUUAAUUGGGCGUUAAUGUUCGAGAUUGUUAAUCGCCAUUUUAAUUCACGAGUUCGUUAUAAAACUUUUCCGUCGACCGUACUUUCAGAAAUAAAGAUAUAUCAAUCUUUUGAUUUUUCAAAUACACAGAAUUUUAAACAAUAAAGUAAAUAAUGACAUACAAUGACAGAUAGUACUAACAGCGGCUACUUGAUUUUAAAUUUUUUAGUGGGAAUAUAAAUAGGUAUAUGUUUGGUUGCCUACACCACAGGUCACUGCCAAUCACAGAGCGUUUAAUUAAUUUAUACAAGCAAUGUAUGCUGUGUUGCCUAUAAUGAAAUCGUUCAUUAAUAGAAAAUCAUUCAUUAAUAGGGGUCAUUAAUCAAUGAUUUUGAGGGUGUUAAAAUUGAUCAUAAAUGGACGGUCGACGGAAAAGUUAUAUUACGACUUUAAAGUUGUAUAGAAGUUUUAGAAAGGCAUUGGGGAAUAAUUGGAACAUGAUAAAACAUACAACAUACGACAGUGUUUGGAGAACAUUACACUGUUACAUUAGUAAAACAACAAUGAAGAUGCGCUUAGAAGAUGAUCAGCGAUAGAUCGGAGUUUGUUACUAUAUAUAUUAUGUCUACCUUUCGACUUCUAUUCGAAGUUUAUCUUCAGGACUGGAUGUGUAGACUUGUUUUCAUUUUUUAAUUUUUGUUAGCGUAUAUUUUACGAUUGAACUAGAGAUUUUCGAUCGAAAAAGAAACAUAAAUUUUAUUGUAUACAAAAAAUACAAAAAUUAAUUUAUCAAUAUUUAAAUUUGAUAUUUUUUAGAAUUUUUUAUAUGAUAUAUACAAUUGAUUAAAAGUAAUUCAAUUCGACUGAACGAUUGAUUAUUCCAAAAUUUUAAAUACAAAUAUAAAAAUGAAUUGCACUAUGUAGAUUUUAUGCAAUAUAUAUUUUGUUUUACU